CACAGUUGGUCCACUGGCUUUCUUGGCUCAGGUUUUGCUCAACUAUUGUUGUGUUUUGUUUAGUUGUUUUGUUUCGUUUUUUUUUUUUGGUUAGGGAAACUGCCAAACUGUUGCUGAUUUCGUGUUUUUAAAUGCGCGAUAUCGUCACUCAAGUCCAAUCAGUUCUUUUGAUGGUUAGUGAAAUAUGUGAGUGUGAUUUGUUUGUCCAGUUGGCCUGAAAACUAAGACGAAGAAAAAUGAGGUUGCCCCAGCUAAGCGUAUUCAUCUGGUUAAUGGCCUCUUUUUGUAGUCGAGUGAACACCCAAACUACUGAACAUACUCGCCUUUACGGAACCUUGAAUAUCAACCGUCAACCUUAUAACGCUGCCUACGAUGAUCCACGUAAUCGUUAUUCCAGUAGCAGUUCUUACGCUUCAGCCAGUGUCAACAGUUCAAGUGCAGCGAAUAAAGACACCAUCUAUUGGGAAAGGACCCGAGAACAAUUAAGAAAUCAACACGCCAUCAACACUGACCGAUACAGUCCCAGUUGGGGCGCUAAUGAUCGGGUUUACGAAACGCGAUACGAUUCCCGAAACUUGAACUCAGAUCCUAGAGGUCAAGGGUACGAUGCUAAUCGUCAGACAUCUGGGGGUUAUGAGUCCAGAAAUCCAACUUACAUUCGCUACCCGAGUUCCGAUUCACAAGGCGCUGGAUACGUUGAUGGCCGGAAUCAAAACUACGACUCAAAAGCAUUGUUUAAUUCGAAAGUUCCGAGUUUUCAAACGGGAUCGUAUCAAGGAGGCGCAAUACCUGCGUUGUCGAGCAUCAACAGCCAAGAUAGCGGAUCCCAGUCUAAUUGGGAGCGUGAGAAAGAGCGGGAGCGUGAGAGAGAACGAGAACGCGAGCGUGAACGAGAACGAGAAAGAGGAAUAGAUCGUGAGAGAUCCUACUAUCUGAAUAGCAGAACCAACCCUAUCAAUACUAACUAUGGACAGAAUAAUCCUCGAACGAAGCUGCCAGGUUGUGGUGUUUUUGAUGAAUGGCGGCCAGAUUUGAUGGGAACAUGUCGUCCAGAUUACGCAUCAAACGUGCAGGAAAGAGAUAUUUCCGUAACAACUCCAUACGGAAGAAUUCGCGGAUUCUAUGUUCAUUUGUUUGAUGGACCUGGAGUUCCGAUUGGAGAUCGACCAGGAGUAUAUCAUAACGGAAAGCUGUGGCGAACCAUAAGCACUUUUCUGGGAAUUCCAUACGCAAUGCCGCCUGUGAAUGAAGGCCGAUUUAAGCCACCCAGGCCGAAAAGAGCGUGGAGUAUAUGGGAUGCUGUUGAUUUUGGACCGGCAUGUCCCCAACCAGUUCAAUUUGUUGGUGCUUCUAAAGGUGUUCGCUACAUGAAUGAAGAUUGCCUUUAUCUGAAUGUUUACACACCAACGACCGGUGCUGUGCCAGAAAAAUAUCCAGUUGUCUUUUAUAUCCAUGGUGGGGAUUUCGAACGUGGAGCUUCUAAUAUUUUUCCGGGCCACAUGCUGGCAGCUGUUGGCGACGUUGUUGUUGUAACAGUUAACUAUCGUUUGGGAGCCUUGGGAUUCCUGAGUACUGCUAACGAAUAUUCACCUGGUAACUAUGGAAUGUUGGAUCUCACUAUGGCACUCCAGUGGGUGUAUGACAACAUUUAUGCGUUCAACGGCAAUAAGGAUUUGAUAACCGUAUAUGGACCAGGCGCUGGUGCUGCUGCCGCAGGCCUACUUGCAAUAACGCCCGGUAGUAGCCAUAUGGUGCGCCAAGUUUUUGGCCAAAGCGGAUCUCCGUUAGCUGAUUGGGCUGCAGUGCAAGAUCUCUUACGGAUGCAAAAUACUAGCCGUGUUUACGGCGAACGUUUAGGUUGUGUUGUGGACAAGUCUCAUAAACUUGUCGAAUGCUUGCGAUCUCGGAGCUUUGAGGAGUUGGGCAACGUCCGUCUAACUCCAGAUGUUGGUACUUGGCCCUGGAGUCCGGUUGUAGAUCGAGAAAUUCGUAAACCAGCCAAUAAUUGGUACGAAGGAUGGGAAUCAAAAGACUGGACUUUUCUUCCUGAUAUUCCCGAGGAAUUAAUCAGAAUGCGGAGAUUUAACCCUAACAUACGCUACCUUUCAGGAGUAACUGCAGAUGAGGCAGCUUACGUUGUUUAUAACAACAAAAGCCUCUUGCCGAACUUUGAAAUUACUGAACAGUUUUUCGACAUGAAAAUUCGUGAAUAUAUCCAUCGUUACAACUAUACGUACAAUCCGGAUGGAAUCUACAGAGCCAUUAAAUAUAUGUACACUUACUGGCCUGAUCCUAAAAACACAACACACAUUAGAGAACAGUACAUAAACUUUAUGUCUGAUGCGCUCUACAAAUCUCCGAGUGACAGUAUGAUCAAGAUGAUGGUAGAUAAUAGUGUGCCAACGUAUUCGUACGUUUUAAAUACCUCCAUUAACGCACUAAACUAUCCAUUCUGGUCAAGAGUCCCGCACAACAUCGAAUAUUUCUUUCUAACGGGUGCGCCGUUUAUGGAUCCAGACUUCUUUCCUGAAGAUCUCAGAGUAGAGCGUAAACAAUGGAAUGAAGAUGAUCGUCGCAUGUCUGAAUUUUUCAUGAAAGCGUUGUCUAAUUUCGCUCGUUAUGGGAGACCAACUCCUGUUGCAAUUUAUAAUAUUAACUGGCCCGAGAUGCGUCAUGGUUGGCUACAGUAUUUGAACCUAAACAGAACGGAUAAUUCAACUCUGGAGUUUAAUUACCGCCAGCAGGAAUGCGCCUUUUGGUCGGAAUAUAUGCCUUCCGUUGUCGGCGUUCUCCUGCCUACCUACCGACCAUUCACUGAGUAUUGGUGGGAACCUAACACGCCUAUCUCAGUUGCAUUUUGGUCUGUGGCCGGUGUGUGCAUUAUUCUUUUGAUAGUUGCCAUUCUCUGCUGCUGCCUGUGGCGUGGAGCUAAAAAAGCAAAUGACAAAUUGCUUGCUGAAAACUAUUUGGGAGAUAUGGUCUUAACGGAGAAUAUGCAUACUGAAUCUAAAGACUUCAAUGGGGAGUUUCGAUCUGACAAGCAAAAGCUGGAUCUCCCCUCAACUUUAGUUUAAGAUAGAUCGCUUGUUUACUACUUUAAGAGCCUAGUUUUUAUUGUUUUUUCAUUCUUCUCUACCUCUGAAGUGUUACUUUUUUAUACAAAAUACGAACAAGGACCAAAUUUUUAAGUGAAACAUAGUUAAUGAAUUAAACGGGAUUAUUAUUCCGAUAGAAAACAGCUGAUUAGCGAAGCGAAAUCACUGCCCUGAUUCACACAUACAACGCCAUUCAACGCCAUCCGUGAAAUGCGAUUUAUAGUAACUUGUUGUCCCAUUAAACGAAAUCUGAUUUCUGCGUAAAUGAAAACUUGUGGAAUAUUUUUGCUGACAAAAUGACCUGGGUUGAUCGGAAAUAUAAGUUGAGUUUUAGCAAA